AUGUUUUAUUUUUGUUUGGCUAUAACUAAUACUAUGGAUUCAGUGACGAUCACGAAUUUACCAAUUUCAGUAAAUUUGCAAGAAUUAGAAUUUCGUAACCAUGAAAAACUCCAAAAUAAUACAUUAUGCAUUCUCUUACAUGCUUAUGAUGCACGAUAUGCAAAGAGCCGAGGGCAAGUUUAUAAUGUGAUCCUUCGUAUGAGUAACUUGACUUUUGAGUAUCAUGAAGAAGAAAUUUCUUCAAAUAAUGCUAAAAGCAAAAAGCAAAAUAAUAAUAAACCUGAUCACUUAGUACAUAAUAAUAGCCAAUCUGAUAACUUCGCACGUAUUAAUAGUCAAUAUGAUAACUUCGCAUGUAGUAAUAGUCAAUAUGAUGACUUUACACGUGGUAAUAGUCAAUAUGAUAACUUCACGCAUAUUAAUAACCAAUCUGAUUUUUUUACGCGUAGUAAUGAACGAUUUGAUAACUUCACGUGUAGUAAUGAUCGAUUUGAUAACUUCAUACAUAGUAAUAAUCAAUUUGAUAACUUCAUGUGUAAUACUACGACUUUUCCCAAAGAUGAAACAAGUGGAACUGAAACUGGGAAGUUUACCAUUAUCAAUAUGGUGACAAAUUACUUUUUAAGCCGUUCACUUGAUGAACCAAAGAUUGUCAUUUCAUCAAAGUAUUAUAAAGUUACUGAAAAAGAAUUUGUUAAUGAGCAUUCGGAAGUAAAAUUAGAUGAUAUAACUAAAAGCCAAAUUAAAAAAUACUACAAUUACAAUUUCAAACAUCCUAACAAUUCUGCAUAUAAAUUCAUCUUCAUUGAUACUCCUGAACUGAGUGAUAUGAAAGAAAUUUCUGCAGGUUCUCUAUCUGCCACUAUGAUCAUUGCAAAUGGAACUGAAGCAAGAGUAACACCAUCAAUCAAGAAUACUUUAGUUCGAUUAGCAAAUAAUCUUCCUGAUGCGAUAAUCAAUAAUCUAUUCAUAUUUUUUUAUAUGAACAAUCAAGCUUUCUGUACUGAUCCCCAAAUCUGGAAAAAUAACUUUGAAGAAUGUAUUACAGUUCAAUAUCAUUGGGAUAAAUCAAUUAAAAAAAUUGAUAUUUUGUUAAAGGCAAUCACUGAAAUGUUCACUACUUCAACACAAACUUUUGUGAAGAUGAAAGAGUAUAGAGACAAAAUCAAAUCUGAAAUUAUGAAAGUCACUCAAGAUAUAAUAAAUAUUCAAAAAGUACAGAAUUCACUUGAUGCUGUUCAAAAAACUUUACAGAUAUCAAGAAACAAUAAAAACUCUUUUGCCAAUUAUGCAAAGAGCAAAUCAAUUAAAUUUAAGAAAAUUGUUCCAGUUAAUCAUUAUAAAAGUGUAGAAUAUGUGGAUGUCAAUCAAAUACAUAAUACAGUUGAUCUCCUAAAGUCACCUCCUAUAUAA